AUGCCCCGUCUGUGGGGCGGAGGCGGCGGAAGCACCGGCACCCUUUUCUCGGCGUGCCUCUUCUCCGUGUGUCAAGCCCUGCGGAGCUGCGGGGAGGUCCAUUGCGCCGAUGGCCAACAGUGCUGCCCGCCCAUUGUCAUCGGGAACGGGAGCAAUAACGGUGGCGGCGGUGGAGGAGGUUCGACGGUUCGCUGCUGCAAGCUCCCGAUCCACGUCUUCUUCGACAACGUGGGUUGGUUCACGCGGAAGUUGUCCGGCAUCCUCAUCCUGUUGCUGCUCUUCGCUAUGGGCUACUUCAUCCAGCGGAUCGUGUGCCCGCGACCGCGCCGACACCCGCACGAGGAGCGCGGGGAGGAGCCCUCGCUUUUCCACGGCCACACGUCCGCCUCCCAGGACUCCCUGCUGGACCGCUAUCCCGAGUGCAAUCCGGUUGACUUUGCCUCACCCAACCUGCCAACCUACGACGAGGUCAAAUAUUUGCCCACGUACGAGGAGAGCAUGCAAGAGAUGCAUCGGGACCGCUCCGACGACAACUUGCUGGCCGAAAACGAGACGAGCGGUCCGGGCAGAUGCAGGGCGGCCGGGACGGGGGCUGGAGACCUCAGACUGGAUGUCCUGGACGGCUCGGGAGGGCAACAGCCCAGCCCAAGGACAUCUCGAAACUCUGUCUAA